CGCGAAACCUCAUUGGCGUGGCAUGGCGGCGCGCCGACCCAGCUACGCGUCCGCAAGCUUCAAGUCGGACCUCUUUACCGUCCGCGAAUCGCUCGACAAGACGCCCAAGCACAUCCUCGUCGAAGUCAAAAACAAGCGCACUCGUACCUCCAUCACUGGCGCCGAGACGGGUGUCUCCGAGACCAACGAAGCCGCGAUCGUCCAAGCCGCCCAACGACGCAUCCUCAAGUACAACUCAUCCGACUCGUCGUUGCGCAAGGCCAUUCGCUGGCUUGGCGGCAUGGUCGGCGUCUCGCGCGCGCCCCGGGACCUCGCACUGCUCAGCGCACACUUGGCAGUUGGCAGCGACGAGGCAGCCGCCAACUACGUGACGCUGUACGAUGCUGGCAUCACGCACAUUUGCAACGUUGCGAGCCAAUGCGACCUCCACUUCAUGGGCAAGUUUGUGUACAUGCAUUUGAAGAUCAAGGACACGCCCGAGCUCGACAUGCGCCUGCACUUUGACGCGGUCUUUGCCUUUUUGAAUCGGGCGCGGGACGUCAAUGGCCGCGUUCUCGUCCACUGCGUCGCAGGGGUGUCGCGCUCGGUCACGUUUGCGAUCGCGUACCUCAUGAAGGAAACCAAAAUGAAUUUGCACCAAGCGUACGCGUUGCUCAAGCAGCGGCGGCCGCUCAUGUGCCCAAACAAAGGCUUCCGCUACCAGCUUGCGCUGUACGAGAUUGAUCUGUAUGGGUCGUCGUCGGUACUGCGCUCGGACGACAAGGACUGGGACUUUUACGAGUGGAAUGUGUACAAAGAGCGACUGCAAAAGUAGCGAAACCACGAAUUUUGACGUGUAUUUGAUUGGGAAAGUCCAAAUUUGCUGAAAGAGGUU